AAGGAUGCAGAUCUGAAGGGCAAGAUCCGAUUUUUCCACUCCCGCCCCCGUUCCUCGGACCCACGUAUCCUCUCGCGCGCUCUCUCUCUCUCUCUCUCUCAUCGAACUCGGUACGGAACGCAAGCUCGAGCUCACAACAAUGGCGUCGCCUGGGGCUAAAGUUUCGUUCCGCAUACUCUUGGCCGUCCUCUUCUUCCUGGCCCUCUUCUACGUCGGCCGCCCUCUGUACUGGAAGAUCUCCGCCACUAUUCACGACAUCCGCGAGAACAAGCAGACCGUCAAGCAAGGAUUGUCUCAGAUUGUGUAUGAAGCGCAGAAGUCGGUCGGGUGGAACGGGUGGUUCCACGACGAAUCGGACUCCGGUGUCCGAGAGGAUCGCAGGACAGGGGCGUCAGCGAGUCGGAGGCUGCUUUACGAGGUCAAUUUGUGAAAUUGAUUGGUUGAUUGAUUGAUCUGUAAGUUAUGUUGUGGAACUGCAAAGUGUACAGUGACUGCACUGUAAUGGAAUGUGGAAUGGUGUCUGGAUUAUUGGGUGUCCAUAAUUGUUUGUUGAAUUAGCUAUAAAUUCGCCCUUGGCCUAGUGGGGUAUUAGGAUGUGUUUAUUCUGUAAGGGUGUGUUUAUUUCUUCAACGGGGUUUCGUAGAAUGUUCCGCUGCUAUGAAACUAUGUUGCUUCUGAGGAGUAUCUGCUUUAUAUGGGAUAUAAUCAAGUGGUGGAUACACAUUUUCAGCCUGAAACAGUGCAGUCUAAAUAGAUAUGCAUGUACAUUUAAGUGUUUAGGUUUGUGACC